AUGGCUCCCAAGCAGCCAGCCUACCAGAGCUAUGAGCUCGUGCAUCUUUCCGGGCGACAAAACGAAACAACAACUACAGGACUCUUCUCUCUUCCACUCGAGUUGCGUCUAAACAUUUACAACCUUGUCCUUGACGAUGAAUACGAAAUUUACGAGACAGGACUGCCAGCACUUCUUCGCACUCGCCUGCAGAUCACACGCGAGUUCUAUCAGUUUUGCAAAUUGCGCAUUGUCCUUGUCUACGAGAGAAAACUUGGUUUCUUCACCCAUCGCUUCUGGAGAAGAUUGCCAAAAUCACUGCGAAUCUACAGACGAGGAGAUAAGAAGAGGCAUCGUCUGUGGCGGCACUGGGAACGAAUACCAAAGUUUGGCAAAACGAUACCCCGACAGGAUUUGUUCGUCGACGUAAAGAUGGAGCAGUGGUGUACCCAUGCUGCAGUGUAUCCAGAAAAAGCUAUUCGGUCACAUGGACAACGUCGCGAUUGCAAGGUCCAAGUGGAGAAGAUGUCGUGCUUACUUAUGAUGUUUUGUAUUGUUAUGGUAGCUGGAAUGGUUUUGUCCUUGCCGUUGUGGUUGUUUCUACGCCUUGUACUCUACAUAAUGGAUUCAGUAUAG